AUGUCAGAAAAACAAAAUCAACAAAAUCCCAAGAAAGGAGAGUCUUGGAAGCCUAAAGAAAAAUUUGAUAAGAAAGCAAAUAAAGAGAAACAAAAACAAGAAUAAGAAUAAACAGAAGCCAAACAGGAAUCCAAUAAGACAGUGUAAUAAUAAUAAUAACAAUAACAAUAAUAAACUAACCAACAACCCAUUGUUAAAUAAGCAACGCAAUAAUAGUAGCCAAUUAAUGAUAAAUAAAUUGUGUAGACAGAGCCACCAAAAGAGUAAAACAAAAGAAAAGAUUUCCUUUCACAUCUUCCCAUCUUUUAGGAUUACACCUCUGUAAGCAUAAAGACAGUCAAAUAAAUUGAUCCUUUGACCUUGCAUCAUUCUUUUAUAGAGCUAUGCAUUUAAUAUUAAAAUGGAUAGUGCAUAGGGUCUACUCAUCGAUGUGUGGAAUUUCUUAAUGCCUUGAAAUAAUUCAUAAAGGAUUACAAGUUAUCAAAACAAUCAAAUUACUUCGCUAUGGCAUUUUUGGAUGAAUUAAAGAAAAUCUUCAAUUUAAUGAAAAAUUUUAGAACAGUAAAUGAGGGAAUGAGCACAUCCUAUUUAUUCAUAAGGGAGUGCUUAAUGAUCCUAAGAGACACAAAACUUGAUGAAAAUGAAUCAAAGAUUUGGCUGUGCAAUCAGAUUGAUCAAUUCAUACAAUCCAAAAUCAUCUCAGCAUCAGAGUUGAUUGUUAAAAAUGCUACUCAAUUGAUAUAAGAGGGAACAACAAUUCUAGUAUAUGCUCGAUCCUAUUUGAUUGAGAAUUUCCUCAUUAACUAUUUUAAGUAAGGUAAGUAAUUGACUAUCUUCGUCGUCGAUAACCCUUAAUUCGGAGAGGGAUCGUAAUUAGUGAAUCGUUUAUAAUAAUAGGGAAUCUCCUGUUAUUAAAUAUUGUUAUCUCAUGUUAGCUACAUUCUGUCAAAAGUUGAUAAAAUCUUGGUAGGAGCAUCGUCAAUGUUAUGUAAUGGAGCCCUGGUAUCAAGAGUUGGGACAGCCUUGUUGGCAUGCCUGGCAUCAACUCAUAAAAUACCAUUUUUAGUAUUUUGUGAAAGUUAUAAAUUCUCAGAAAAGAGUCAAAUUGAUUCAUUGUCAUGGAAUGAAAUAGCGUAAUUAGAACAGGGAAAUGAAAAUCAAUAAUACACUUCUUUGAGUCUCAGAUAUGAUAUAACAUAGUCCAAUUAUAUUAAUAUGAUUGUGACAGAGGUUGGAUUGAUACCGGCUACAUCUGUGAAGGCAGUGAUUGGGGAGUUCAAGAAAUAUAAUUAUGUGGAUGCUAUUGAAGUUCCUAGAAAAGAUUAAUGAAAAUGUUAAUAGGUAAAAAUGGUAUAAUUAUUAAAUAUUGUAUACAAUUUAAUAUCUUGUAUUACUAAUAAA